AUGAAGGAUGGGUUCAUCACUCAUAUCAAAUCUCAUUCCGAACUUCAAGAAACUAUAACUCGUAGAAAAGAUAAGUUUUUUCAACUUGGAUUAACAUUACAGCCAUUGGUUAUAAUAGUUGGGGACAGUACAAUAGUAGUUCACAGCAUAACUGGUUUUGUGGAAAGUUUUUCAUCAAAUUACCCUUGUAGAAUGUGUAAAAUUAAAAAAGAAGAUAUGAGAAAGCAAUGCUACGUUGAUAUAAACUUGCAUAGAAGUUGGGAGCAAUAUAACUUAUAUAAUUGA